UAGAGAUGUGAAAGAAUCAUUAUUGCCUCUUCCAACCAAGAGGCUAUUUGUAGUAGACUAAUAGUUGUUACCCCCAUUUCAGUUCCAAAAGUUCAACAAUGGAUUCUAGCAACCAAAGUUCAAGUUCACCACUGGCUUCCAAUCAUCUAAGCGAUUAUCAACCCCAACCCCAAGUGGUGGUAGUUAUGGUACCUUUUCCAGCACAAGGCCAUCUCAAUCAGCUUCUUCACCUAUCACGCCUAAUCUUAUCACACAACAUUCCUGUCCAUUAUGUUGGCACACCCACACACAACCGUCAAGCCACACUUCGUGUCCAAGGUUUUAAUCCAAACUCCAUUACAAACCUCCAUUUCCAUCAUUUCAAAACUCCUCCCUUUCCUUCCCCUCCGCCUAAUCCAAACGAAGGAACCAAUUUCCCAUCUCACAUGGUUCCUUCCUUUAAAGCCUCUUCAAAUCUUCGCGAGCCUCUCGCGAAUUUUCUUCAAUCCCUCUCAGCUAGAAGGGUCAUAGUCAUCUAUGACUCUCUAAUGGCAUCGGUUGUACAAGAUGCGAAAAACAUGGCAAAUGUUGAGACUUAUGUAUUUCACAGCACUGGUGCCUUUACCAUGUUCUCCUUCUAUUCGGAGCACAUGGGAAAACCUCUCUUAGAAAGUAUAAAUUUUCCACAAGUUCCUUCGAUUGAAGGAUGCUUCAUUCCCCAAAUCAUGGAUUUUAUGGAAUCACAAAGGGAAUUCCGUAAACUUCAUAAUGAUGGCAGUAUCUACAACACAACUAGAGCAAUUGAAAGCCUUUACAUUGAGCUUAUAGAGAAAUUCACUCCUGGUAGCAAGAACUGGGCAUUAGGGCCAUUCAACCCUUUAACCAUUGAGAAGGAAAAUUCCAAGGGAGGGAGACACUUCAGCAUGGAGUGGCUUGAUAAACAAGAGCCUAAAUCAGUUAUUUAUGUGUCUUUUGGGUCAACAACAACCUUAACAGAGGAGCAAAUUGAGCAGAUUGCAAUUGGGUUGGAACAGAGCAAGCAAAAGUUCAUCUGGGUAUUAAGAGAUGCUGAUAAAGGAGACAUCUUUGAUGGAAAUGAAGUUAGAAGACAUGAUGAUAUUGUAAAUGGGUUUGAAGAGAGAGUUAAGGGAAUGGGCUUAGUUGUGAGAGACUGGGCACCCCAAUUGGAAAUUCUAAGCCACUCUUCAACAGGAGGGUUUAUAAGUCAUUGUGGAUGGAAUUCCUGCAUUGAGAGCAUCACCAUGGGGGUGCCAAUAGCAGCAUGGCCUAUGCACUCUGACCAGCCAAGAAACAGUGUUUUCAUUGCUGAAGUGUUGAAGAUUGGUUUGGUUGUGAGGGAUUGGGCUCAGAGAGAUGAGUUGGUGGGUGCUUCAGUUAUUGAGAAUGUUGUGAGGAGGUUGAUGGAAACGAAGGAAGGUGAUGAGAUGCGAGAGAGAGCAAUGAACCUUCGAAAAGAGAUCCUUUUGUCCAUGGAUGAAGGUGGAGUUUCUCGAAUGCAAAUGGAUUCCUUCAUAGCUCAUAUCACUAGAUAGUAUGAUUCCACAACACUCUUCUAGUUUGCACAAGAUGUGGUACAAAAUAGACUAUGACAAAUUUUCAUAGCAUAUCACAACAAGAAUAAUGAAGUAAUCCUGUAACAGUUUCAUUUCUAGCAAAAACAUGUUAGCUACUACUUUAGCUUCAAAAAUGUUGGUUGUAUGAGAUGAAUGUCUGAUUGGCUUCCAAUUAAUUUGAAAACAAAAUGGUUGCACGUUUUAAA